GGAGAAGUAGUUUGUUACUAAGAAAGUAUCAUUUGCAAAAAAGAAGACUUCAACAAUGAAGUUAACACAUAUUUUAUUGAUUUGUUUUAUUUCAUUUUUAUUCUUUACCUAUGUUCAAUGUGAUGGUAACUAUGAAAGUGAAGAGGAAGAAAAUGAAGAGGAAGAAAAACCAUCACAACCAGAUGUUCCACAUGGAAAACACCCACUUUUAAGAAAAGCAUUUUUUGUCGUAAAUGUAAUAUCCGGUUUCUGACAGAGAUAUACUAGUGAAAGAAAACCAAUGUUGGUCAAGAUGUUAACUUAACCAAAAGUGUCGAAUGUCUUAAUACUUUGAAUAAAUCGAAGUAUAUAAUAAUUAAAAUAAUGUGAUAUUUGUUUUGUUUGGUCAUAUUUUUUACUUUAUUUUCUUAUUUCUAUACAAUGAGAAACAUAUCAUAGUGUAAAAUGACAGUGAACGAAAUUACUUUAAUCCAAAUGGAAAACUCCUCUACCGUAUUUUUUAUCUUAGGAUUAUAAUUCCUAAAAGUCUACACAUUGUAGUUAAGAUCGAAUCACUAAUGCAUAAAAUUCUUAUAUCAUAUCACUUUGUUAGAACUGCGCCAUCAUGGUUACAGUAAGUCUAUUGUUCUGGGUGAAUAGUUUAUGUUUAAACAAUUAUACUGUUUAACAUGAGGGAAAAUUAAGUCUCAUUAAUAUUGAACAUAGCAGUAUAUUGUAUUACAAGAUUGGCAUUCUUCAUAAAAUAACAGAGAAAUCAAUGAUCUAUUUUAAUCACAUAUAUCUUUUCUAACAUCUAGUUGUUGUGUUCAAGAGUGACAGUGAAGUAUUUUGUAAAAAUCAAACUGUAUAAACGUCUAAAAAACAAACAAUAUAUAUAUAUAUAUUUACUGGCUUCAAGAGGUAUUUCCUGGAGUUCCAGUGAGAAGCAGUGAUCAGUGGAGUUCAACCAGAUCUGUCGUGAGAUAUUAACUCACUGAAGACAAUGGUGAGUGGUUGCUCAAUUUCGUGGAUUGG